CUGUCAGUCAUCGGAGUCGGCGGUAGCGGCAGCCAGCAGCGUCCGUUAGUGCAGGUUUUCUUUCUUUCGUGUUCAAACAAGAGGUGGUGCUUUGUUAAAAUUUUGUUUUAAUCAGACUAAACGUAUUUAAAAAUAGUUGAAUCAUUUGUGCCAAGUUAAAACUACAACAAUGAGUUCACGUAAGCGCGGAGGAUCUCCGGACACUUCCUCAUCUUCCCGUAAACGUAGCCGGAUUCGCAAGGUCAGCAGUAGUAGCAGCAGCAGCAGUGCCAAAAGCGACAACGAGAGCGAGGAGGAAUCUAAUCCAAGCCAGCUGCUCGCCACCACUGUUUCCCAAUCGGAAUCUGUGGAAAAGGCCAUUAUCGGUGACAUUCAAAAGUACGUGCGAAGCGGUAAGAUCCUGAGGAUGCAGUUGAAAAAUUUCAUGUGCCACCGGAAUCUGGUGGUGGAGUUCAACAAGCGUGCCAAUCUGCUGGUGGGCAACAACGGUAGCGGAAAGAGUGCGGUACUGGCGGCUCUCACAAUCGGUCUCGGGUGUAGUGCCAAUCUGACCAAUCGCAGCAGUAGCGUCAAACAACUCAUCAAACACGGAGAAACGCAAGCUUCCAUUGAGAUUCACUUGGGAAAUGACAGCUUCGAUGCGUAUGAGCGAGAUGUGUAUGGGGACAGAAUCAUCAUUAUUCGAACGAUCAACGCGUCUGGGGCCACAAGCUAUAAGUUGAAGAGCGAGAGUGGCAGCGUGAUUUCCCAGAGUCGAAGCGAACUGUUGAAGAUGAUUCUGUACCUGAACAUCCAGGUGGAUAAUCCCGUUUGCGUUUUGAAUCAAGAUCUGGCGAGAUCAUUCCUGAAGGAUUCCGACGAAAAGAAGCAAUACAGUUUGUUCCUCAAAGCGACGCAAAUCGAUGCCAUCAUUUCCAAACUGAAUGGAUGCACUCCACAGCUGGAGAAUGCAAAGCAUAACCUGGAUUGCAAUGAAAAAAGCUUGCAAUACAUCGGGCGGGAGAUAGAAGAAAUGCAGCACAAGUACGAAAAUUUGCAAUCGGUUGAAAAGUGGAAGGAUCUGGUAAAGGUCGCACGACAAAAGUUGGGUUGGAGAGUUGUGAUUGACAAGAGCGCCGAAUGUUCCCAAGUGGAGGACAAACUGCGCGAAAAGUUGAACCAAAUGAGAGAGUACAUGAAUGCCGUCCAGAACAGGGAGGCACUCGAAGCAGAAAUCGACCGCGUAAUACAGCGCUAUCGAAACGACAUUGACGCAAAGAAGACAGGUUUUACGGAGGUGAAGGAGAAGUACAUAUCGGCUAGAUCGGUAAGCCAAACGCUGCAGCAAAAGCUGUCGGAAGAAAGUCGUCAGAUGAAGAAAGUCAAAGAUCGGUUGGCACGACAAGCGGAGGACAUCAAGAAUCUAGAAGCGGAUUUGAAGCAACGUAGUGAAUCAGGAUUCAAUCGAGUGGCAGAUGAGAAGCGUCGCAACGAACAGGCACUGGCGGAAUUGAGCGAGAAGAAGCGCGAUUUGCAGGCGAUGGUAGAGAACGCCAAACGAGAUGUGGACAUUUUGCACAAUACUCUAAAUCAAAUCAGGGAAACCAAGGAAGAGGUGAACAGUAAACGGGUGUCCAAGCAGACUGAGCGAAUGCGCACUGAAAAGCAGCUUGAACAAUUUGAGAGUUCGUCUCGAGAUAACCUCUCGGUGUUUGGUCAGAAUAUGCCCGCCUUCGUAGCCAAGAUCAAGCAGAUGCAUCAGCAGGGACGCUUCUCCGAGCUACCCCGCGGUCCUCUGGGCCAGUACAUCAAGGUCAAGGACAAAAAGUGGACCGCUAUGAUCGAAACCGUCAUCUCUCCGGGGAUAUUGACGGCGUUCUACGUGAACUCGGAUGCCGAUCGCAAUACGCUAAACCAGCUGAUCCAGCGGGAAUUCCCGGAGAUGCGAGGCCGUUCGAUUAUAACCAGCCGCUUCCACAAGCAGGUCUACGAUGUCCGCAGUGGACGAGUCGAUAACGUCCAGAAUGCACACAUGCUGAUGAAUUUGAUCAACGUGAGCGAUCCGGUCGUGAUGAAUUGUCUCAUCGAUCAGAUCAAAGUCGAAACGAUUCUCAUUGUCGAGGAUCAAAAUUUGGCAAUCGAUCUCACAAGCCACUCGGAGAAUGUGCCACGAAAUUUGCAGAAAGUGGUUGUCAUGGAACCGUUUUCCGAAUUCUUCCCAAUGCCAAACUACAGAAGCUAUGGGCUGCAAAAACGACCGGCGCGGUAUCUGCAGGUCAACAUGACAGAGUUGAAGAAACAAACCGAACGUCGCAUGCAACAGUUGGAUGAAGAGCUGCAUGACAUCAAACGGCAAAUCGAAGAAGAGACACGCAAGCUGGGAGAAAAAGAACGAGCCUUACAGGACAAACAGCGACAGAUGGCCAAACAGCAGCAGGAGUUGAACUCUCUGGAACUUCGAAUUAACGAGCUUAAGUCGAUCGAGUACCCGGCCGAAUCGGAAGAUAUGACGUUGCAGAACGAGCUGGACGAGUUGAAAGCUUCCCAGAUUAAGCUCAACGAAGAGCUGGAACAGGAGAAAGCCAAACUGCAAUCGUCGGUGAACGAAAUCACUAACCAGGAAAGCGUCGUGCAAGAGAAAAAAGAUCAAAUGUCAAAAAUCGAAAGCGAAAUACAGGAAAUCCAGGACAAGAUCGACGCUGAGAUGCAAAAGCGACACGAUAUGCAGGCUAAUGCGAAAACCAAACAGCAACAGUUGGACCGGCUGCGGGAGCAAGUGCAGUUGCUGCAGGCCGAUCGCAACGAACAGAAACAAGCCCUGGAGGCGGCGACCAAUUCUGCACAGGAGCUCGGAGAACGACUUGAGGUCACUGAAACGCAGGAACAACUCAAAAAAUACAUAUCGACCACGGAAAAGCGUAUCAAGAAUAUCAAUUCUGCAAAUGAUGACAUUGUCGACGUAAAAGCCAUUCUGGAGAACAAGUUGCUGAAGCGAGAUACCGCACUUCGGUACACGGACUCCCUGAAGAAAAUCAUCAAACUUCUUACGAAUUCCCGAUCGGCGCGGUAUGCGUAUCUACACAAACUCAAAUCACACAUGUCGCUGAGGGUGAAGCACAAAUUUAACACGGUGAUGCAGCUGCGCGGUUUCGUCGGAGAAAUUGUGAUGGAUACGAAAAACUGUACACUCUCGCUCUCGGUUGUGCCCCGCGACAAGAACAUCACCAACGCAGUUAGUAACACCAAAUCGCUCUCCGGGGGAGAACGUUCCUACUCGACGGUGGCGUUCCUGAUUGCGCUGUGGUCGUGCGUCGAUACGCCGUUCUACUUCCUGGACGAGUACGAUGUCUUUACCGAUCAGGUCAACCGACACAUGAUGACCAUGCUGCUGUUGAACGAAACCAAGAAACGACCGGACCGCCAGUUCUGCUUCUUGACGCCGCAGGAUAUGAGUAACAUUCAGGCGAGCGACGAUUUGACGAUUCAUCGAAUGGCCGAUCCGGAACGGUGCUAGGAGUUGAGAUCUCCAGUGAUUUGAAAGACUCUAAUUUUUUUGCUUUUUACUUACCGUUAUAUAAGGUUCGGACGAACAUUCCUUCUCGUUGAUUACUAUUCUUGUUGCACUGUUUUGUUGAAUUCGUUACCAAACAUGAAAAAUGUGCAACUAAAAAACUUGUUGAUAGCA